CUUUAUUAUAUAAAAUUUAUUUAAUUAAUAAAAUUUUUUUAAUUAAUGAAAUAUUUUUAUUACAUUUUAAUAGUAUAAUUUCGUGUUUUAAUGGCCGAUAGAGUUCAGAAGGAGUUGGAGGAUUCUGUCCCGGACCUUCAUGAAUUAUUAGCCCAAAAAUUACUCACUUUCCGUGAAAUUAAAAGUGUAAUUUCCCGUAGACGCCAGUUUGAAUUUGACAUUCUCAGCCCUGACCCCAAUCUCUCCCUCAUCUCCUACAAAAAUUAUCUCAAAUAUGAACUUGAACUUCAUAAAUUUCUACUCUCCAGAUUUCAUCAAUUCAAACUAAACCACAACCCUAACACUUGUGGUAACUCUACCAAUGGACAUACCACCCACAAUAAUAAUACUAUUACCCCCGGAAAUAUUCCUAAUACCCCUGGAAACACUAAUACCCGUGGAAACACUCGAAAUAGCACCGAGAAUACCCCUGGAAAUACUAAUACCCUUGGAAACACCCGUCGAAACACUGGUGUAAACACUAUGAGAAGGGGUAUGAGUUUAAAGUUGAUGUUAAAACUGCAUAGUGAGCGUCAUAUAAAUGGGAUAUUCCGUCGUGGUAUAAACCGUUUCAUGGGUAACACUGAGUUGUAUAAAUUAUACCUAAGCUAUUGUAAGAAGAUGAAGUCGUAUAAGUUAUUUGAAAGGGUAAUUGUGAACGGCAUUAGCAAGAACCCAAACGAGGAAAGUUUAUGGCUAAUUUUUGCCUCUUACGUGCUGAAGACCAAGGGGAUCAGAGCCUCAAAGAACAUUAUCCAGAAGUCACUCAGAAUCCUUCCAAACAACCUAAAGCUACUCUCCUUCCUCAUGAAUCUACAACUUAAAAUUUUAAUCAACCACAUCAACUCUGGUGAUUCAGUCAACGGUAGCACAGUUGAGGGUGACUCAGUCAACAGGGGGAUAGUUGACAGGGGUACAGUUGAGAAUGACACAGUCAACAAUGACACAGUUGAGGGAGACUUAGUUGACAGGGGUACAGGAGAAUUGAGUAAAUCUGAGUGUUUGGAGGAGCUGGAGAAGUGUUGGAUAAUAUUUAAGUAUGGACGGAGUAACUUGAGUGAAUCAGAUUUAAAAGUGUUUAAAGAGGAAAUUACUUCAGUUAUUCGGAGAAUUCACACUCAAAACCCUCAAUUGAAAAGUUCUAUAAACAAAUUAUUACACAAUAUUACUACUACAGAGGGUAAAGAGUACUAGGAGUUGUACGGUUGACUAUUUCCAAUUUUGUUUGUAAAGUUGAGUGGUGUCGAUAAUCUUUUUUCUUUUAUUU